UCCAAAUCUUUAACUAACUCUACUGCCACUCUUUUCAAUUUACUCUUAAGUCUUACACCAUUUUCCUUGGUACAUUUCCCUCUCAAUUUCUGCUUCUUUUUUUUAUUCUUAAGGGGGCUAAAAAAUGGCAGCAACAACAGCACCAAUGGCUAGCCAAUUAAAGAGUGGGUUCACCACUAGGACUCUUGUGGCUCCUAAGGGUAUUUCUGGCCCUGCCUUGAGAGGUUUCCCUUCUUCUAGGAGGAACCCUUCUUUUACCAUCAAGGCUAUUCAGUCUGAAAAGCAAGCAUACCAAGUAAUCCAACCUCUAAAUGGAGACCCAUUUAUUGGUGGGCUUGAGACCCCAGUGACAUCCAGCCCAUUGAUUGCCUGGUACCUGUCCAACCUUCCAGCCUACAGAACUGCAGUCAACCCACUUCUACGUGGAGUUGAAGUGGGCUUGGCCCAUGGUUUCCUUUUGGUAGGCCCAUUUGUGAAGACUGGUCCAUUAAGAAACACUGAGUAUGCUGGAGCAGCUGGUUCCUUGGCUGCUGUAGGACUUGUAGUAAUCCUUAGCAUUUGCUUAACCAUGUAUGGCAUUGCUUCCUUUAAGGAGGGAGAACCCUCAAUCGCCCCGUCUUUGACUUUGACCGGGCGAAAGAAGCAGCCCGACCAGCUCCAAACCGCUGAUGGGUGGGCCAAGUUUACCGGAGGAUUUUUCUUCGGUGGCGUUUCUGGUGUCACUUGGGCUUACUUCCUCAUGUAUGUUCUUGACCUUCCUUACUACUUCAAGUGAGUGAAGUGUUUGAGAUCAUUAGAGGUUAUGCUUUUGUUUGUAAGGGGAUAAACUUGUAUUCUUGUGAAGAUGGAAAAAGAUCUUGUAUAUUCAAGGAAAUACUUUGCAUUC